UCUAUCAUCUCACUCUCGAGGAAGGUAGUUGUACAUUAGAGACCAUCAGCAGACGCUAACGGAGACGCAUGAGAAACGCCGCGUAAAGCCGCGAAACAGUGCGAGGAGCCAGCAAAGGUGUGCUUGAGAGAGCGAAAGCGACUCAAAAGUGCGGAAAGGAGGAAACUUCAAACAAACUAUGGCCGUAUCAGCAACUCCUCCGGUGCUUUCACCGACCUCCACUCCCGGGGGCUCGAGCAGCCUCUUCCGUCCAGACUCUCUGUACUCCAGCCCGGCCGAGUCCCCGCGACUGACCAGCAGCAUGAUCAACUCCUUCAUCGCCGGCGCAGGCGGCGGCAGCGCUAACGGGAACGGGAACGGCCCCGCCGGCGUUAAUAACAACGAGUGUAAGAUGGUGGAGGUGCACGGGGUGAAAGUAGCCUCUUUCACCGUGGACGGUCAGGAGCUCAUCUGUCUCCCGCAGGUGUUUGACCUGUUCCUGAAGCACCUGGUCGGCGGGCUGCACACCGUCUACACCAAGCUGAAGCGGCUGGAUAUAUGUCCGGUGGUGUGCACGGUGGAGCAGGUGCGGAUCCUGCGCGGACUCGGAGCCAUUCAGCCGGGCGUGAACCGGUGCAAACUCAUCACCCGAAAAGACUUCGAGGCGCUUUAUAACGACUGCACCAAUGCCAGUUCUCGGCCCGGCCGUCCUCCCAAACGUUCUCUCGGCUUGGCGAUGCAAGACACCUCCCGCCUGCUGCCUCACGGCGUUCACGGCCUGCUCUCCCCCAGCCUGCUGUCCCCGACAGGUCUGACAGCGGCAGCUAUGGCGGAGGCUAUGAAACUCCAGAAGAUGAAGCUGUUGGCCAUGAACAACAUUCACGGAGCCGGAAGUCAGAACGGUACAGAGUCAGAGAACGAAGAGCUGAACUCCAGCGCGGGCGGAAGUGAGUCUUCCUGGGAUAAAGAGAAACUCCAGUCUCCCCCCUCCUCCGGAGGCCAGCACAGUCUGGCUCACUUGGGACUGUCCGCUCAUCACGGCCUGUCAGGGUCUCACCUCUCCUCCCUACAGCAGACUCAUCUCCUGGCUAACCGGCUCGACCUGCCAUUCAUGAUGAUGCCCCACCCCCUGCUGCCCGUCAGUCUGCCGCCUGCCUCCGUUGCCAUGGCGAUGAACCAGAUGAACCACCUGAACACCAUCGCCAACAUGGCCGCGGCUGCUCAGAUGCACAGCCCCCUUUCCAGAGCGGGAGCGUCUGUCAUCAAGGAGUGUGUUCAGGACAGUCCGUCUCCUGCCCCGUCUCUGGAGGAAGCCCCUCGUCCCGGAUCACAGCCCUCAUCACACCCCAGCAGUAGUGUGUCCAGCUCCCCGAACCCACACACACAGAGCCCUGAACGCCUGGUUCUGAACCCGACCGACGGUGAACUGCCAGAACGAGACGCAGCCAUUAAUAUGAAGAAAAUCCUCAAAGAAAAAGAUGGGGCUCAGAUAGCUCUGCCCGUGCAGAAGCCCGGUUUCGAGAAACUUCCUCUGGGCUCUCAGACACUUCCUCCAGGCUUCCCUGCACCCUUCCUGUUUACAGACGGCCUCUCUUCUGUGGAGACGUUGCUCACUAACAUCCAGGGUCUGCUGAAGGUGGCCGUGGAUAAUGCCCGUGUGCAGGAGAAACAAGUGCAACACGAGCGCAAGGAGUUAAAGAUGGAGCUGUACAGAGAGAGAGAGAUGAGGGAGAGUCUGGAGAGACAGCUCACCUCUGAACUGCAUAGCCGAGCUACCAUUCAAAAGCGUCUUAAGAAGGAAAAGAAGGCGAAGAGGAAACUGCAGGAGGCUCUGGAGUUUGAGUCCAAGAGGAGAGAGCAGGUGGAACAAGCUCUCAAACAGUCCACGUCUCCAGAAAGCCUCCGCAUGAGUCUCAACGAGGCAGUGAUACCAGAGGUGAAGUCUGAACAUAAUGGCAACCAGCAGGAGAACUCUGUACAAGAAAACAGACCCUACUCCAAACCUCCUCUCAUGUACUGAAACCUCUGCUCCUUCAGUCCCACGGAGCUGGAACAGACACCCAGCUCACCCCACAGAUGGACAAGGCUUACGGAGAGGGGGAUUGAGGGUCUUUAUUCCCAGAGGGAAGUGGUGCAGGUGCUGAACGGCAGUCACCUGAAACUCGUGUACAGGACUUGAGUGUGUAUGUACGUGUAUGUGUGGAGGUGUAGUGCAUUUACCCUCCUUGUGUCUGCGGCACUGCUUGUUGACGACCUUUCAACACCACACACAAACUUGUAUAAUGUCUUUUUUGACUACUUCUUCAUCAACCUUUUGAGACUAAAAUAAUUUUUCUUGCUGAAUAAAACUACAGUAAUGGAUGAUUUAUCUUUCUGUGAAGCACACUGAAACACCCCCUCAUUAUUAUUAUUAUUAUUAUAAUUAUUAAUGUUUUCUGCUGAUCACCACAAUACUGUGCACCACAGACUCUGAACAGCACAACAGUUUUAUCCGCUGGACCUCUACAUGGAGACGAGAGAUCAUCAUUAUUUUGUGGACGGUGAUAAAAGGACUACAAAUCAAAAGUGUGCUUCAUUAAUAAACAUUGUUUCAAUUUGUUGUUUUGUCUGUAUAAGAAAGGAACUCUAUAUCAACAUUUCCUUUUUCAAAUUCGUUGUAUUUUUUUUAGAAAAUGUAGAAAUGUUUUCAUGUUGUCGUUCCCUGCCCGAUGUUUAUUAUUAUUCUGGUGUUUAUUUUGUUAUCUGGUUUGUCAUUUCUAAUGUAUUUUUAUCAGCAUUUCAAACGAAUGCUUGACUGAUCCUAAAACACGUCCUUUACUGUCUUAUUUUGCCCCCCACCGAUGGUUUUUCUUCUUUAUUAACUUGAAAAGUAAAAAAAAAAGUGUUAAUUUGAUGUUCCUAUAACCACAGUAUUACAGUACCCACCCUUCUGUUUUUACCUUUGUUUAUAAAGACUUGUAAAAAUGCUUUAGCAUUUGCUAUCCUGAUGUUGUUAUUAUGUGGAUACAUUUUUAGUGACGAAAAAGAUAAGAGACGAGAAUUACCCUUAUGCACAUCUGAAGCGAGCAUGCUUGUAAAUACAACGAUGAAAAACGUAUCAAAUGAAAAAACGCUGCCUCUUCGAAUCUAUUUUUAAACAUUUGUAGCGACUCCAUAGGUAAUGUAAUCACAGAUCGGCAGCUAUCAAUGAUGUUGAACCUUGUUUUAAAAUGGCAACCGACACUUAUAACAGCCUUGCACAUGCCACAACAAAUAAAACACCCCUAUGGACAUCUUGGUAGGUUUUGAUUUUUGUUUUCUUUGAGUAAUAAAACUAA